UGAGACAUAGUCUGAAGUGAGCAGAGGACUAACAGGAAAUAAGUUAUAGAGACGCAGCAAAAUGCCUCCAAAGAGGAAAAACGAUGCUGCAAUUAAGGUUGAAGAUGUUGGGAUGGAAAUUGAUGUUGCAUCAGACAGUGGAAGUGAAGAUGAGGCAAGGCGGAGGGCUAAAAACAGAAGAGCCAAACCACAACGUAAAUCCAAACCAGUCAGCGAUCAUGAGGAGGAUGAGGAUGAUGAGGCACCAAGGAAAAGAAUAAGAAAGAAGAAGGCCAAGCCGCAGGAAAGCGAUGAAGAGGAUGAGGAAGACAACCGGAGUGUGAAAAGAAAACGUUCAAAAGCCUCCAGGAAGAAAGCUAAAGAAGAAAGCGAGGAGGAGAGCGAAGAAGACAGAGAGAAACGUAAAAAGCGAGGGACGGCCGUGUCCAAAAAGGAGAAAGAGGAGCAGAACAAACAGAAGAUGGGAAAUUUUAAAGGGAAACAAGGGAAGAAUAUAGGUGGUGAGAAUGACAAGAAAAAGAAGAAUGGGAACUCUUCCUCCUCCUCCUCCUCCUCCUCUGAUUCUGAUGAAGAAUCACUGUCGGAGGGAGAGAUCGCAGCCCUGAAGGAACAGGUAGAGGAGAAGAAGAAACUUAUCGCUACGUUAAGGAACAAACCUUGGCGCAUGAAGAGGAGACUUGUGCUGCUCAAGGAGGCGCAGGGGUUUGUUGAAGAAUUUGAAGGAGCUCUUGGGAAAGGAAAAGGAAGGAAGCUGUAUGCAUUCAAAGUCAUGAUAGCCAAAAAACUAAUCAAGUUCAAACGUGACUUUGAGAACUUCAAAACAGCCUGUAUACCCUGGGAGAGGAAGAUCAAGGACGUAGAAAGUCACUUCGGAUCAUCUGUGGCAUCCUACUUUAUUUUCCUGAGGUGGAUGUACGGUCUGAAUAUGGUCCUGUUUGGGUUCAUGUUUGGCCUGGUGGUUCUGCCUGAGAUUCUUAUGGGUCUUCCAUACGGCUCCAUUCCCCGGAAAACUGUGCCUCGACAGGAGCAGGACACAGCCAUGGACUUCUCUGUGCUCUCUGACUUUGGAGGAUUCUGCCAGUACUCCUUUUUGUUCUACGGCUACUACAACAGCGAUCGAAUGAUCGGGGUGCUGAAGUUCAGACUCCCUCUGUCAUACCUGCUGGUGGGAGUUGGCAUCUUUGGGUACAGCCUGAUGGUUGUCAUAAGAACAAUGGCUCGUAACUCAAAUGAAGGCGGUGACGGGGCAGACGAGGGAGAAUUCACCUUCAGCUGGAAGAUGUUCACCAGCUGGGACUACCUAAUAGGAAACCCAGAGACUGCAGACAAUAAGUACGCCUCCAUUACCACCAGCUUCAAGGAAUCCAUCGUGGAUGAGCAGGAGAACCAGAAAGAUGAAAACAUCCAUCUCCGACGCUUCCUCAGGGUUCUGGCAAACUUCCUGAUCACAUGCACUCUUGGAGGCAGCGGAUACCUCAUCUACUUUGUAGUGAAACGUUCGCAAAACUUUGCUAAGAUGGAGCAAGACAAACUCUCGUGGCUUGAAAAAAACGAGGUGGAGUUUGUGAUGUCUCUGCUGGGGCUGGUGUGUCCUCCUCUGUUUGAAACCAUCGCAGAAUUGGAAGAUUAUCACCCUCGUAUCGCCCUCAAGUGGCAGCUAGGACGAAUCUUUGCCCUCUUUCUGGGAAACCUUUACACCUUCCUCUUCGCCCUGUUUGAUGAGGUCAAUGAAAAGCUGGAGACCGAGAAGUCCAUCAGGAAUGCCACCAUAUGGGCUUUGGAACAGUACUACGCCAACUACAGCUCGCACUUCAACACGACAGAUGUGCCUCCUCCAAAUGUGUCCCCAGCUGACGUCAUCAGAGGACCCUGCUGGGAGAAUGCCGUGGGAAUAGGAUUUGUGAAGCUGGUCGUGUCGGACAUUCAGGUGAGCUAUUUGACCAUCCUGGUGGGUGACUUUCUGCGAGCCGUCAUUGUCCGCUUUCUUAACUACUGCUGGUGCUGGGACCUGGAGGCCGGAUUUCCUUCAUAUGGGGAGUUUGACAUCAGUGGAAAUGUGCUGGGGCUUGUCUUCAAUCAAGGAAUGAUAUGGAUGGGAGCAUUUUAUGCUCCAGGUCUGGUGGGUCUGAACAUUUUGCGUCUCCUGUCCUCGAUGUACUACCAGUGCUGGGCAGUGAUGUGCUGUAAUGUUCCUCAUGAGCGAGUUUUCAAGGCCUCGCGGUCCAACAACUUCUACAUGGGCCUGUUGCUGCUUGUGCUGUUCCUCAGCCUGCUGCCGGUUGUCUACGCCAUCAUGACCUUGUCCCCGUCGUUUGACUGUGGACCAUUCAGUGGCCAGGAGAGGAUGUAUGACGUGGUCAUGGAGACUAUAGAACAGGAUCUACCGUCCUUCCUAUCGAACAUUUUUUCAUAUGCCACAAACCCUGGACUCAUCCUGCCUGCUGUCCUCCUCAUGUUGUUGGCCCUCUACUACCUGAAUGCCGUGUCAAAGGGAUACCAACAAGCAAACAUGGACCUUAAAAGGAAGAUGAAAAUGGCGCGAGACGAAGAGAAGAACCGCAGGAACAACAAGGACAGCACUAAUCAAGUGAUGAAAGACUUGGAGGACCUGCUGCCAAAUAAGUCUCUAAUACCGCCUCCCAUCAAGGAAGAGCCCCCCCCACCUGAUGUUGUAAUCGCGAAGGGCAGCAAGUCUCCCAAAAUUAAGCCAGGUGCAGCGGCAAAAGGGGUAAAUCUGCAAAAGGAUGUGUCACUGGCUGCCCCAAACCCCAGAGCUCCAGUGACCUAUGCCCCGGGGCCAAGAAGAGGGCCUCCUGGGAAUGCCAGGGGACCUCAUCCUGGGCCUGGUAGAGGAAGAGGUCGGGGUGGGCCUCCAAGGCGACAUGAGUCAUGAUUCAUGGACUAAAACCUAGUCUGUUAACACUGCAACUGCAAUCACAGUCAUACUGUAUAUGGAGGGUGCCACUAGAAUAUCAUAUCUUAAAAUGCUUUAGAUGUAACUGAUUGUCUGAGAAAAAUACAUUCAUUUAUUAACAGCUACUUUCCGCCUCCGAUGAAAAGCUUAUGACUAGUGUUUCAAACAUGCCAAAUACUUAAUCGAGUAUAAUUAACCAUUGAAAAGUCUAUAAUUAAUGCAAUAGCAUACUACAGCAUCCACAGUCAAAUCCCUUCAUGUUCUGAGAUUGGAGGUGGAGAUGAGUUUGGACUGUGUGGAAAUUAAAUGACACAGACAUGACUGUUAUAUCUGUAUUAAUAGCAGUACUACAGCAAAAUGUAAAAAAGAAAAACAUGAUCAUGUUUACUGCAUUGCAAUCCAUGUAAUGUUUACUGGUUCAUAAUAUGGGUCAACAGUUUUAUGGAUUUCAUUUGGAAAUCCAUGUAAAUAUUAUGUAAAAUGUCUUUCUAUUUUUUGUAUGACAACUAUUAAAAUAAUUCUUUUCUGGCAAAGUGCUAUUGAAGAAACAGGUUAUCUUGAUACACAUGACAGACAAUAAUAGAGAACAUGCUGUUCACUAAACUGUAGAAUACAUCUGAGAUAGUACACCAUGGGAAAACAUAGACAAAUGAAAGUCAGUAUUGUCACAGAAAUAUAAAGAGAAAGAGACACAACAUUGACAAGAAGUUGUAAAAGUAGGUAUAUCUUAGGAGAAAUGACAGGAGUAAAUGUUGAUGGAGUGACACCGACGAUGCCUUCAAAAUAACCAGGUACAAUACGAUUAUUGCAAAAUGUGUUUGGAGGAUCUGAAGCUGUGUGGUGGCAAAGAAUUAAAGAGAGGAAAAAGUAAGUCCUGUGAUUUGAUGUUAU